AUGUCAGAUAAACAACAGCAAACGACAGAGAAGAAAGAGGAGAACGCCACUGCCGGUCCAUUGAAUGGUACUGCCCCUACGACGGAGAAGAAGACCUUACCCAAGCUGGGUGCUUUGGAGGAUGACGAUGAAUUUGAGGAUUUCCCAGCGACAGAUUACGGAGGAAACGUCCUGGACGCCAUGAAGAAAGCGGGUGAUGGACCAAACGAUAACUUAUGGGAAGAUAACUGGGAUGAUGAUGAUGUAGAAGAUGAUUUUACGAAACAGUUAAGAACUGCAAUCCAAGAGAAACAAGGUGUGCCCGAUGAAAGUAUGAAAGAGUAA